AUGUCAAAUUUUAUAAAUCAUCCUUACCACUUAGUUGAUAAAAGCCCCUGGCCUCUUCUUAGAGCGUUCAGAGUUAUAAGCUUAGUGACAGGCUUGGCAAAAUGAUUCCAUACUUUUAAUGUAAGUUUAGUAGCAUUCAGUCUCUUUGCUACCACUUUAAUUAUAAUUCAAUGAUGACGAGACGUAGUACGUGAGGGAACUUACCAAGGUCUUCAUACGAUUCAAGUAGGAGUGGGCUUACGGUGGGGUAUAAUUUUAUUUAUUACCUCUGAAGUAUUGUUUUUUAUAUCUUUCUUCUGGGCAUUCUUUCAUAGAAGUCUAGCCCCUGCAGUGGAGUUAGGAAGUUCUUGACCACCUGCUGGGAUCAAACCAUUUAACCCGUUCCAAAUUCCUUUAUUAAAUACCGCAAUUCUUUUAGCAUCAGGGGUUACUGUGACUUGGUCCCACCAUGCGCUUAUACAAAAUAAUUAUACUCAAGGGCUACAAGGACUAGUUGCGACUGUUUUUUUAGGACUAUAUUUUACUUCCCUGCAAGCUUUAGAAUAUUAUGAAGCUCCGUUUUCUAUCGCGGACGCAGUUUACGGCUCUACAUUCUUUGUAGCCACCGGAUUUCACGGUCUUCAUGUAAUUAUCGGGACUGCGUUUUUAUUAGUUUGUCUUAUUCGACACAUAUUUAAUCAUUUUUCAAGUACGCACCACUUUGGGUUCGAGGCUGCGGCUUGGUAUUGACAUUUUGUUGACGUAGUUUGAUUAUUUUUGUUCAUUUCUAUCUACUGGUGGGGUAAUUAA